CAAAUGUUAAACUUGGCUAUAUAUAUAUAUAUAUAUACACAUGACAUAAGAAUGAACAUUUAAUUCUUCUCCAUUAUUUUUUGUCUCUUUUUUCUUUUUUUCUCCUUAAUGCCACAAUCUUCAUUGAGCUUUCAAAAGUCUCGUCGUAAUACGAAAUUACACACAAAGAACAUUGUAGAUGAUUCUGUUAUUCAAAUUGGAAAAUGCAAAAAAAAAAUGGAGAGUAUUUCAUCAAGAACAUUUAGACAAGACCGACAAACUUCUUCGAGCAUUUGACCUUACGUAUGCUUAUGGUCCAUGUGUUGGUAUUAAGAGGAUGAAAAGAUGGGAACGUGCUCAUUUGCUAGGCCAAAGUCCUCCAGAAAUAGUCAAAGAAAUUCUGUUGAAUGAUAAAUCACAGAAAUAUGGUGAAUCUUUAUUUCAUCAAUUUAGAAUGAUUUAGAAAGAAAUUAACUUUUUAAUCAUGACAUCAGUUUUAUUUCAUGCAAAACCCUUUCAAAAAAAAAGAUAUAUAAAGCGUACUUUUCUG